AUGAUUUCGAGUCCCACGGUGAGCUCUACGACAGGUAGUUUCAAUGUGCCCUCAGCUACGACGAACAGCCACAGUACGAUAUACACACCUCUUUCAACGAGUGCAACAGUUUCAGGCAUUCAGAGAGCGUCCUCUAGUGGCUUUUCGGCUGGCAGCAAAGCCGGAAUCGGAGUCGGUAUCACUAUCGGAAUCCUCACCACCAUCGCUCUCGCCGUAUGGCUUGUUAAGAGGAGACGGAGAUCACUUUCGGACGAAGCCACCGAGACUGAGUCUGGAACUGCAGAGCUGCAUAACAACGAUGUGAAGAUAUAUGAGACCGAGGUUGAAACGUACUCAAAGCACGAAUUAGAUGCUGGCUCAAGGCCCGAAUUAGAUGGAAAUCCGCGAAGCGAGCUUGAUGGAGGUGCAACGAGGGAGAUACCAGGAAUUCAUGCGCUUCAUGAAGUAGACGGACAGGCGAUGGACGGACCAGGUGGAAGAUUUACGGAAAGACAGGAUUAG